UAAGUUUGCUUCUGGGGGUCUUCCCUGGUGGUCCAGUGGUUAAGAAUCCGCCUUGCAAUGCAGGGGAUGCAGGUUCGAUAUCUGGUCCGGGAGCUGAGAUCCCACCUGCCAUAGAGCAACUAAGUCUGCGUGCCCCACAACUAUUGAGCCUGCGCAGUACAGCCCUAGCGCUGCAACUACUGAGCUUGCGCCCUGGAGCGAGGACCCACAACUACUGAGCCUGCGCUCUGGAGCCACAAACCACAACUACUGUGACUGCAUGUGCAACUGCUUAAGAACACAUUCCCGUGCUCCACCAAGAGAAGCCACUGCCAGAAGGCCGAGCACCACAACUAAGGACUAGCCCCCACUCGCCGUAACUAGAGAAAAAGCCCACACGCAGCAAUGAAGAGCCUGCAGGCUGCAAGGACCCAGGGCAGCGCCUACACCCCCUCUAAACGUCUGCACUCUUGGUGAAAGUAAAGACCGCCGGUCAAGAACCCUACAGAAAGGUUUGGACUUGUUGGUUCCUAGUGAACACAGGACCCGGGGACAACAUCUACUUCCCCGGCUCAGUUGAGACUUUCUGAGAUUGCCCCUCCCCCCGCAUGAUGUCGGGCAAGUGCAAACACAUGAAGUCUUAGGACAAAAAGCAGCUUUGCAGAGCCAUGAUGAGGAGCAGGGUGGCAGAGCGGUGGAAGGGACGGGCUCUGACCUACCACUGACUACCCCAACGACCUAGGGCAAGCCACUGACACUCGGGGAGCCUCAGUUUUCUCAUCUGUGAAUGGACACUACUUAGGGGACCAACCUGAAGGUUGUUGUGAGGCUGUAUUUGGUCCUUGUAUCUGCAGGGCACUUCGUGGCACAAACAGCUGUGAGGAUAGAGGAGCCUGAUCUUAAUCAGGUAAUCACGCAGGUGAGGGUGUGUAAGGAUAACCAGUGGGGCUGCCUGGGAAGGGGAGGAACUUGUAACCAAGAGAUGCCGUGCCCUGGGGCAAGAGGGAAGGUUCCUCGCAGGCAAAAAAUAAGGUAGCACACCUUGGGUCUGGCACACGGGAUGGCCUCCUAAGCUGGGAGAGGAGCUGGGAGGUGGAAGAAGGAGAAUAGGAGGCAGAUGACGCAGACCCACAGGAAGCCUGGGUCCUCGGCCGUGAGCACGGGAGAAUCCUCCACGUGAUACAACUUGAGCCUGAAAGACCCUGAGGACAGUGGCCGCUGAGGUCUGCUUGAUUCAGUGAUGGACUGACAGUCCUAUGAGGUGGAACAGCUCCUAGAGACCAAGCGGGCUUCAGACAGAAGUUGUAGAGGCUCCAGGGCUAUCAGACUUGAACUUAGCUUCCCACUGAGUGGUUUUGUCAGCAUCACCUGAGAACCUCAGCAACGGCAAAGGCCUGACUGCCAGCCUGCCUUCUCCUGGCCACAGGAUUCUCAGCUAUCUGCGUCCAAACUUCGCUUCUGCCCCUUCAGUCUGUGAUUAAACGGGCAAAAGGUCUAUGAAGUUAAGAUAAUUUUUUGGAACUGUCGAAAUGGUUGGUCCUUGCUACCAAUGGGAACUUGGAGUCACUCUGAAAUCCAUCCUGGAAUAACCGUGUUUGACUGGAACCAAAUUUUAUGAAGUCUCCAAGGAUGGGAGCCUGUACCAGGUCCGUCUUGCUGUCUCACUGGCUCUUCCUGGCCUACGUGUUGAUGGUGUGCUGUAAGCUCCUGUCCGCCUCCAGCCAGCACCUCCGGGGACACACAGGUCACCACCAGAUCAAGCAAGGGACCUGCGAGGUGGUGGCGGUGCACAGAUGCUGUAACAGGAACCGCAUCGAGGAGCGAUCGCAGACGGUCAAGUGUUCCUGCUUCCCGGGACAGGUUGCUGGCACGACUCGGGCUCAGCCCUCUUGUGUUGAAGCUUCCAUUGUGAUUCAGAAAUGGUGGUGUCACAUGGACCCUUGUUUGGAAGGAGAGGACUGCCGAGUGCUGCCCGAUUACUCAGGCUGGUCCUGUAGCAGCGGCAACAAAGUCAAAACUACCAAGGUCACACGGUAGCAGAGAGAGCGGGGCCUCCACGCUGGAGGAGGGGCGGGCUGCAGCCCUCUCCUGUUGGGACUGCGGCCCUGGACUCUGCGGGAGAUUGUCUGAGAUUUUACCCACGUCACACGGGCACAUCUGUGCUAUGAAUGGUGGUGUUUACGUAACUGUUCCAGCUCUCACUGCCUCGCGACUUGACUACACUGAGUCACAACCAUGGGCCGCCACACACACAGCGCACAUCCUACCUGGAUUCCUAAGGAACAUACCUCCAAGAGACUCUGGACCAAUAAACUGGAAGUUGGAAAAGAUGGAUCAUCACUGAAUGAAGACUAGGUCUGCAGCUUUUUCUGCAUUUACACAGGAGCCCGGACCUGCUUCUGAGGCCCCUCAUUCUCUUCCUCCUGUGAACUUUUCCUUCAGCCCUGUUGUGGGUCAUCUGAAAGGGUCCAGAUAACAAAACAUUUUGGCAGAAAAUUUUUUUUUUGCAGAUGUAGACUGAUGAACUCUGAUUAACUGGUGAUGAAAAUUUAUUUUAUAAACCUUGAGGAAUAGAAGGACUUAUGGUGAGGUUACUGUGUGUGCACUUGUUUCCCUGCUUUUAAAUUCUCUGCGUUGUAAGGCCCUUUGGCAGGGCAGCAGAAAUAAAAUGCUCCCGUUGUAACUUCUGUGUGCCGUUUCACCGAGUCGAAGGAAGUGUAUCAACCCCAAUAGUUUAUAACCAAAGCCCUCUCGUGACACAUACACAACAGGAAGGAAACCUGCUGGGGUUUCUAUGGCUUAAGUGUAUGCAGAGAGGUAAAUCAUUGAAAAUAUAGAACACUUUCUGUUUAGAUCAAGGGUGAUUUCUCAGAUCCAGUUUAUGUCAGUCAAACUGUUGCUAACUCCGAGACAAAAGUCAUGAACGGCAGAAUUUUUAGACUGUGACUGAGUUAGCCCUACACCUUCCCUCCUUAUUUGUUAGUUAUCUUAUUUUUUAAAUGUGAGUAAAAUCGGAGUCAGUUUUUUUUUUUUUUGGUUAAAUGACUUUGCAGCAGCUGUGUCUCCACACAUUCUCAGAUGCUGUCAUGCAGAAACGUAUUAGAGACAAGUGACCCAGAUUUUAAAUGCAUAAUAUUAUUAAACAGAUACCACUAUAA